AUGGCCUCUAAAUUAAGUUCAGCGUCAUCAUCGACAAUGAUUUUCCUAACAUUUUUCAUGAUUUUCUGGUGUCGUCGUUGCUAUGCGGACAGCAACGGACUCGAGGGGGCUUUGUGCUUGCCGCCGUCAGAAGCUGAAAGUUCUCCCACGUGGACGGAAAAUCGAAACAGCAUGUUCAGAAAGCUGGAAGCAAACGUGAUCCUGAACAACGGCUAUUACAUAGCGGAGGCAGGGGAAAAAGGUCCCGAUAGAGUGUACGGCCUCAUACAGUGCAGAGGCGAUAUUUCAAAGUCUAACUGCACUAACUGCACCAGAGAUUCGUUCAAUUUGAAGAGGCACUCGUGCGGCGAGGAGGGCAAAACCGUCAUGAUAUGGCAGAAGUGGUGUUUCCUGCGGUACUCGAACGAGAGGUUCUACGGCGUUUGGGAGCGUACGAGUGCUGCGAUAUCAUCAUUGAACAUCUCUAGAUCGUACGAACAGGCGGCGGUUGCGUCGAAGGGGAUGAUGAUGAUGAUGGAGCUGGCGGCGGCGGCUCCCGAGGAGAGUUUGAUGUUUGCGAAAGGAGUGAUUGAUGACGGCUUGGGCGGGAAGAGGUAUGGGUUGACUCAGUGCACCAGAGACUUGGGGAAGUCCGAUUGUAGGGGUUGUUUGGAGAGUUUGUUAAACAAAUCAGGCUAUCAGACAAUUGUUUUCCGCGAACGGAGUUGGGAUAUUUAUGGAGUGGGCUGUUUCGUGUUGUACGGUGAUACUCAGUUCUACUUCAACACUAGUGCUGAAGAAGGACUAGGAGAGCCGACACCUCCCAAAUCCAAUGCAGCAAACAGAGGUUUGGCGGCACGAUUAUCGAUGGCCAUAACCAUUUUCAUGACAACAAUGGCGUUUCUCUAA